GGACGUGGUUGGGCUGCGAGAGCCGAUAUAUGCGCUCUCGUCUAUAAGUUGUCAUAUUUUGGAUGACUGAAACAUUGGAAGUAAGCUAAUUUACUUCACAUGAAUAUUACCAUUGGCAGUGAGGAUGAAGGUCCUCAUGCAUACCGCAGAAAUAUGGUGUACACUAGCUUGCGAAGAUCUUCAAGUCAAAUAAUGAACAAUAUUAAGAAGAAAUUUUCUGUUGCUGAGAAUUCUAUUCGAUCUCGUCGUGCUCUUCGUCCUCUGAAUGAAUCCCGUUCGCCAUCACCAUAUCGGGUUCAGAGGAGGGUUGUAACACCAGCUCAUACUCUCCAAGGCAAGAACGUCUAUUCUACCCCUCGAGGCGUCUCAAAAGCUCUUGCUGGUUAUGAAUUUGACCUGGAUAGCAACCUAAUGCGUACCCCGAAGUCGACUCCAACGCCAGAAUUGUACUUGAAAAAGACUAAUAUGACUGCUCGUUUACGAGAGCUCGCCCUUCGUCGACCUGUGAAGAAAUCGCCUUGCACUGUCUCCAAAGAGGCCCUUAAAAGGAUUGCACCGCCUGAAGUUUUAAAUCUUACCUUGAGCACUUCGUCUGUGUUCAUAUCGAUGAGUGAUGGCAAUGCUUUUGUGAAGAGGCCAAGCGCAGCAGAAACUGAAGAUGACAUUCUUGCCAUGCAAAACGAGUGGGAAGCGAAGAAAGGGAAUUUUAUGAAGCCAAGCGUGGAAAUUCAUCGCAUGAGGAAAAAGACAACCCAACCGCCAUCUGAGGAGGCCAAGCCAUCAGCAAAAAGACCGAAAACGGUCAAAUCCAUGAAGGCAAUACCAACUCGGAAUUUCGAGGAAGGAGGACGUUUCUUCAUUGACCUCGACAAAAUCGAUGAAGAGCUGUCCAGUCAAGUCCUGUUUAACGUUGAGGAACGGAAUGCAGAUUGGCUCGAGUCGGACCACAGUGAUGAGCUUGCUCGCCAAGGAUUUGAGAAGCUACAGUACUCAGCUGAUGACGGUUUUCCGGAUGUUCUUGACCUAAGUGCUUACUACAAGAAAGACGUGGAGUUGAAGCGAAAUGCAGGUGGAAAAAGUUUCUUUGCUGCCGAAUUUGAUCGUCUGCAUGGAAAACUUGAUGAAGGAGUUCUUGCAGAAGAUGACCAGGCUAUGAACGAGGAAACCGAAGCAAACUUUGAGACCGAAAAUGAAAAGUAUAUAGCCGGUCUCGACCAAGAGAAGAUCAGUGAACUUCGAAAAGAAAUUGCUGAAAGAAUGAAACCGGAAACGGUUGCUUUCUUGAAAAAUCGUCAUAAAAACAAGUCGAAGAAUGAGUCUAAAGCCACAGUUUCAAAAUUCAAAUCUUCUCGGAAAGCAGCUGCCUUACAAAAACCUUCGACUAGUAAAGGUGGAGAGCCGCCAUCUUCUGUAGAAACAAAUCCGCCUGCACCUCCAGUUGUGGAAGACAUGAUCAAUCAGCUUGAAGUUCUGGAUGAUUUUCCCGAUCGCAGCGAUCAGGAGAAGUAUAAUCGUUUGGCUACGGAUGCAGUUCAAUUGGAUUUUGCAACAAAAUGUCUGCGUAGUGUUGCUCCACGACAACAGAAAAAUGCAGUAAAGCUGUUUGACAAUUGCAAGAUUGCACCUAGCGGAAGUAAAGAUCCUCUUCUCGAGUUGGCCAGGUCUCGUAUUGAUGCAAUAAAGGAGCUGUAUCUGGAGGAAAUCAAAUCUGGUGAUGAAACGUUCUUUCAAUUUGGUCAUGGAGUAAAUCCGCUUGUGGAUGGGUCAUGGACUCUGGUACCUAUUCGAAGAGUGCUUGAUGCUGUGAACAAAAGAGAAGAAGAGGUUAGUGAAGACGAUGUUGAUAUCGUGCGUCUCGCUCUGCUAUGGACUUUGUUACUGCAUGACGAGAGGCUGACAGCAUUUUUGGCAUUUGCAGAUCCCAAUGACAUCUAUGUCAGAUUAGCAGAAGUGCUGCUUAUAGGUAGAGACGUAUUAGCCGACGAUGUGAUCGCUGCAUGUUACUCGCGUCUCUUAAAUGGUUAUGUUUUAAAGGCAGCUAUCGAAGGACGAAUAUGUCUCCGCAUGGAUAGUCGAGUAGCUGGUUUGGAUGCAUUUAUGCCUUUCUACGAAGACCUACUAGUCCACUUCGAGGAGUAUUCUUUGGGAGACGUCAGUUUUGCUAGAACACUGCUCAUUGGUGCUUAUUUGAACUCUGCUCUAGGCGACAGCUUGGAGUGCCGCUUUGCCAUCUGGUCUCCAAAAAAGAACACGGCCAGGGAAAUUACUCUGAAGUUGGGUGAAGCGGACGAUAUUCUCUCACACAUUCGAAGGCUAUCCACAGACCAGGCUUCGGAUAUCGAAGAACAACAUUACGUACAGUAUACAUCGUUGCUGGGUGCAUAUGCCGGAUCUAUUCGUGAUGAAAAAGUUACUCGAGAUCGUAAUCCACUCAUGUUUGCUAUAGCUGCAGAAGAAUUAGGAAAUUUCAUGCGUCGACAUACAGCACAGGAUGCGUCGCACGAGAAUUCGAGAGUGAAGGAGUUCGACAUGCUUGUGGAGAUUGUCAGAAACACGGUCAAAGAUAAGCUCAUGCUUUAACUUUAACUCUAGUUAUGUUGCGCAAGAACCUGCAAUUUUGGAAGUUUUCUUUUGUGAUCUUAUUGCCUUCUGUUGAUGUCACAAAUUUUGAUAUCCCAACAUCAGGAAUUUCAUGCCCUCAGUUGUUUUCCGGUUUUGUUCGAUUGUUCUUUGUUGGCAUGCAUGCUUGGAUAAAGCUCAGUUGUCAGUCAGUUUACAAAAUUGUCCUUUGGCAGCCAGCUGAGAAUCGCUGCAUUCCUACAUGCAUGGUCAAGCAUUACAAGAUUUUAGUGUUUGAAAACGUCGUCAAUGUAUAGCAAAUAUUCCCUUAUUUUUG